AUGGGGGCGGCCGGGGCCACCACGGGGCUCGUGCUGGGGCUGCUGGGCGCGCUGCUGGGCGCCGGGAGAGGCGCCUCCGGGGCAGAACGCUUUGCACUAAUACCUCUCCAACUCAUAGCUGGCUUUAUAAAGUCACCACUGUCUCAAAAGAAACUGACCGAGGACAGUGUGGAAUUGCACUGCGAGGCGAUUGGCAAUCCUAUCCCUGAGAUCCAAUGGUGGUUUGAGGGAGAUGAGUCAAACGAGACCUAUACUCAGCUUUGGGAUGGCGCACGGCAGGACCGUGUCAAAAUCAACGCCACCUAUAACCUGCACUCUACCAGCACCAUCUACAUCGCAAACCUCACGAUCAACGACUCGGGCACAUAUGAGUGCCGGGCUAGCAACGACCCCGACCGCAACCACUUGUCGAAGAGCCCCAAAGUCAAGUGGAUCCGUUCCCAGGCUAACGUUUUUGUCAUCGAACAUCCCGUUGUAGAAACCUCCCCAAAUAUGACUUCUGGCAUGGAUGUUGUGAUUUCCUGUAACAUUUCCGAUCCUCAAUCUCCGAUCAUGGGCCAUAUGUGGAAGAAAGGAGACAAGAUCUUGACAUCCGAUAAGGAAACAUCUGACUAUACCACCUACAAAAUAGGGGAGGUGAAUGGAGACAGCUCAGGGGUGUACGAGUGUAUCUUUGAAACGGACCCCCCAGUGAGUAGGACUGUGUACGUGACAGUUACACCACAUGUGACGGCCUACAAGAAAUCCGAGCAUGGGAACGAGGGGGACACCGGCGUUCUGAUCUGCAAGUGUAACUCUUAUCCUCCUGUCAGUCAGUGGACCUGGUACAGGAUCAAAAAUGAUGUGAAUGAGGCCAUCGCCAAUGGCACAGAGAGGUUCAUCAUCAAGUCCAGCGGGAACAAGACAGAGCUGCGCAUUGCCAACCUGGACAUCGAGAAGGACCCAGGCGAGUACAUCUGCAACGCCACCAACGAGUUGGGCACCAGCGGCGCUGUCGUGGGCCUGCGGGUUCGUAGCCGCCUGGCAGCGCUCUGGCCCUUCCUGGGCAUUGUGGCUGAGGUGCUGAUUCUCGUCACCAUCAUUUUCAUCUAUGAGAAAAGGAGAAAGCCGGAUGAGGUCCUUGAUGAUGAUGAUGGAGGAUCUGCACCACUGAAAAGCAAUCCCCCAAACCACAAGGACAAGAACGUCCGCCAGAGAAAUGCUAACUAGGAGCGGGCGGCCAGGUGGUGCGUAGCUGAGAAGAUCACUUGGAUGUUUUGUUUUGCAAAGUAGCAUCAAGAAUAUCCUAGGGCGUCCUUGCAAUUCAGUUACUUCACUUUUUAAAGAAACAAACUUCAGUUGUAGCUUCUAAAAUAUACACUUUUUUAAAAUGCGCGGUGGGAGGGUUUUUCUACCUGUAAACUUUAGCCCCUCUGUUACUGGUAGUCUUUGGUCACUGGCUGUCUUUUUGUCCUAUAUCUCAGUGUUGGUGCAGGGAGGGCGAGGUGGGAGCGUGACCUGUGUGGUGUCUUGCUGGCUUUAUGCAGUGUGUAAAGUUAAUCGGGACGGGGGGGGGGGGGAGGAGGUGUGCGGGGGGGUGUUGGAGUGUGUCUGCAGACACUGCGCUUCCAGGAGUCAAAGUGCCUCUGCCCCGCUUCCUUGAUUUCUGGUCGGAGGCCCUGCAGGGAGCUAAAGAGAGAACUGACGUCUCCAUGUAGGCAAGCGUGAACCUUGGACGCAGCCCACAUGCCGUGUCCUCCCAGGAGCCCUGUCAUCCUGCCCUGUUUUGUGCAUGUCAGGGAGAAACUGUUUCCAUGACCUUUCAGAGGAGACCUGAUCUGACCCAAAGGGGUGGGAAGCCUGUUAUGCACCGGCUAGAAGAGAUACUUUA